GUCGGGGAGGUGCUGGCGGCGUCUGCCUGGUUGCUCUGGAGCCGGGUCGCGUGGUCGCCUGCCCGCCCGCCUAACUGCCUGUCUGCUUGUCUCUUGCAAUGGGGAGUACCGAGAGCUGCGAGGGCCGCAGGGUGUCGUUCGGAAUGGAUGAGGAGGAGCGGGUCCGGGUGCUGCAGGGCAUCCGGCUAUCUGAGAAUGUGGUCCACCGCAUGAAGGAUCCUAACCCAUCCACAGGAGGCCAGCAUCCAGCCCCUCUGCCUGCCACUCUGGACCAAGACUGCACAGCUCCUCAGAAAGAACCCAAACUGCAGAGGUCUGAGACCAUUGGUGGCCGGCAGCCCUCAGGAGUGAAGGAAGACCUUAAGAGGUUCAGACAGGAGCAGGCCACAGUCCAGGAUGAACUGUUCCAGGUGGUGAAGCGGGAAAGAGAGGCAGCUGCCAGACACUUGACAGCGGCCCCACCUGUGGUGGAGGGUAGUGCUGACCAGGAGAAGCAGCAGUCAGCCUGGCUGGCCAGGGAGCUGGAGAGCAGAGAGGCAGAACUCAGACGCCAUGACACCUUCUACCAGGAGCAGCUGGGGCACAUUGAGAGGAAGUUUAGAAACCUACAAUGGAAAGCUGAGCAGGUGGAAGUUCUAUCAGCUGCCGCAUCACCCUUGACUACCCGAAAUAUCUUCGGGUGUGUGUGCACAGACCCCGCAGGGUGGAGCCCGUGUGCUCAGGGCUACAGGCCCAGAUCCUUCGCUGCUACCGUGACCAUGCGCACGAGGUGCUACUGUGCUCGGACCUGGUGAAGGCCUAUCAGCGCUGCGUAUGUGCGAGCGGCACCCACAAGGGCUGAGGAGCAGCCACCACACUGUGUCCUGGGCGCCAGCUUGCAGCUGUGACCAAAGGACCAGCCAUGGGACCACAGACACAGACCCAGGCCACGUCUCUGUGCCCUGCCCUUUCCUGAGGACACCUCAUCUCCUCUAAGCUCGGCCCCCAUGCGUUUAGGAAAUAGAAUGUACUGCUGUCCGAAAACAAAUAAAGCAGAUCAUUUGU